AUGGAUACGCGCCAGCUACCUGGCGUCAAGGUUGCUGGAAACAAACAGCGAAUCUGGGGCGCUACACUUUACGAUUUCUAUUGGGUACAGCCUAUUCCUCAGUCUCCGGACAUAUUAACCAGGCUCGGCGGGAGUAGGCUGGCUGCGUGGGCGAAGGAAGUUGGAGAAGUUGAACACGCGAAGGAGGAGAUCGAGUGCGCUGAAGCGGAGGAACAUCCUCGAGAAGUUUUUCCGUGCGACGUAGGGCGACUUCUGGAGAACCGGGACCCAAGUAUCUUUACCUCAAGACCAUUAGACCACUUGGAUGCUUUUUCCUACACGGAGAGUGACGAAGAGUCUGAGCAGUACCCGGAUAACAAAGCCUAUACAUUUCAACAGCGAAUACCAUUUCAUCUUUUGCCAGAAAAGCUCAUUGUCCACGAUGACGGCGACACUCUUCGCGUUUCCAAUGAUGAUCACCGCUUCAGCCACCGACCCCCAAAGAGAAUUCACGUUUAUCGACUCCAUCUUUCUUCCCACGUGGAGGAAAAGACCGUCGCGCAGCGCGCAUUGGUCCAGAAAGAGCACGCUGACGCCAAUUCUGAGGGCGGCAUGCUCUUCGUCCCUUCUUCUCUUGAGACCCCCGACCCCUCCCUGUCUUGUUGCGCGACCCACGAUGCAGAAGCAAUCUUCGCCAAGUUUUCCAAAGAACCAUCGCCACCUCUUUCUACCCCAGAAGCGCACCUCUACCUUUCCUCCGAGCGCGUCAUUGGACGAGGCCAUCACUCCGCUGUGUACAGCGCAGAGUGGGAAGUCCCUCGUACGUGGCUACCCAGUUUCCGGCCGAGCGUCUGUGAACAAUGUGUGGCCCGUGUGGUGCUGGAAAGGUUCAAGAACGACAUGCCAGACGUGGAAGUGGACGAGACGGAAUAUAUCGGGAAACAGAUCUCGACAUUUCUCAUUGAGUCGGCAGCGGCGGGCCUCAAGCACGAGGGCACCAACAAGACGGAGAUGGUGUAUGAAGGGCGGAUGCGAGAGAUCGACGUCGAUGUGCAGUGGCAGGGACCUGGAACGUAUUGCGAGCAUGAAAGGCGCCGUAGCAACAAGACGACGUUUCGGACGCUUGUUUCAGCGAAGCUCUCUAUCAAGCACGAUAAGCAUCUCAAGCAGGAGGCCAAGAAUUACCAGAAGUUCCCGGCACAUUUUUUUCAGCAUUGGAGUGGAUACAAUAUUGUGCCGACGUUGCAAGAUCCAACCCCCAUUGGUGCCGUUGUUCCGCAGUUUUAUGGGUAUUACGUGCCGGAGAAGGGUGACGAUGAUGAGGGAUAUCUCAGUCCGAUCUUGCUGAUGGAAGACUGUGGGACGCCUAUUGAUAUUGAUACGUUGGAUAUUGAUGAUAGGCAGGAAUGUGCCUCAUUGCUCUUCCGUUUCCACCGCGAAGGGUGGUUGCAUGGGUCGGUGUAUCCGAGGAACAUCGUGGUGCAGCAUGGAGACAUCGAGGACUGGCCGGCGUAUAGGAAGCAUUCGGAUCGGAGGUUCAGGCUGAUUGACUUUGGGCGAUCUGAGAAGGCCCAGAAGGGUGACCUGAUGAUAGAGUCAUCGACGGUGCAGCAAAUGCUGAAAGUGGGGGAUUGUGAACGUGUUGGAAAAUUGGGUAGGCCUCCGGGGUAUGGGCUUCCUUUUUUGCCUUGGCCCUGGUCUAAACUUUCUUUGCGCUCGCAGCUAUCGCUUCCGUCGGCAUAUGGAUAG